UUGUUCGCUCAACCAAAGAAGUAAUUAAUUGAAACUCUCUGAGUCUUCGCUCUGAUUUUCUUUUUUUUAUUUUAUUUUCUCCUCUCUUACGAAUCUUGAAAAAAGGAACAGGGAAAGAGGAGAGUCUCGAACGAAAAUCCAGGCUUCUUGCAGAUUUUGAGCGGAUCGCUAUGGCAAUUGCUUCGGACGAAACCACGCGCAUAUGCAAUCACUGUGACAGGCCCAUACCUUCUUCAAAUAUUGAUUUGCAUUAUGCCCAUUGCGUCCGGAAUCUAGAAAAAUGUAAAGUUUGUGGUGAUAUGGUUCCAAAAAAGCAUGCUCAGGAACAUUUCUUAAACACCCAUGCUCCGGUGGCCUGUUCGCUGUGCAGUGAGACAAUGGAACGUGAAAUUCUAGCUAUCCAUAAAGGUGAAAAUUGCCCCCAGAGGAUUGUUACUUGCGAGUUCUGCGAGUUUCCAUUGCCUGCUAUUGAUCUGGCUGAGCAUCAGGAAGUCUGUGGGAACCGGACGGAGCUGUGUCAUCUGUGUAACAGAUACAUUAGACUGAGAGAAAGAUAUAACCAUGAAAGUAGGUGUACUGGUGUUGCAGAAAAUGUGGGAUCUUCCAGGGAUGUGAGAGCUGCUGAAAGGGAGCAAGGUGCUCAGAGAAGGCAGCCACCUGAAUAUUCACGGAGAAGACUUCUAUUCACCAUUGCAAUAACAGGCAUUGCUGUUCUAUUAGGGUCACUUUUUUUCCAGAAGAAGACAGAGACCAGUCAGGUGCAUUAGCAGAGUAGAGGAUACACACUGGGCUUAUGUAAAUCAGCUUGAGAGCUAAAUAUUCCAUUUCUGUAUCUCAAAUUAUCCUAGAGCUUAUAUUUAUUGUUGCUGUAUCAAACUCAUUCAGAUUGUGAUCAUAAUAUACUGACAGUAUAUUUGCUUCUUCGUUCAUAAAAA